AUAGAAAUGCUAUACACAUUGAGAACUCACAAGUGUGAAAAUGUAAUAUUUAUUUAUACGUAUAUAGAAGUGAGAAUAUGAUGAGACUUUGUUUCUGUUUUGUAAAUCCCUCGAAGUCCAAAUUGUAUUUUCUUUUAUUGGUAUACCAAGGCACCCACGUUUUUAAAUUUUAUAAAUGAAACAACAUGCACGAAGCCACGUACCCAUAACUCUCGAAGGCUCCAAAAACUACAACCUCCACCUCCUCCCUCUUCCCCGCUACUCUCACGCGCACACACUGAGUCACCAUCUCCUGCUCCUGCUACAGCCAUGGUGAAGCUCGCCACGGCCCGCGACAGCCGCAUCUACGGCGGCGGCCACUCCCGCGGGGGUUGGGAGUAUGUCAACGCCGGCCUCUACGCCAUCGCCGCUGUCCUCCUCCUCGCAGGGCUCGCGUCGCAGCUGCCGGCCGCCGCCGCUGCCCGGGGGGCCGUCAACGCGGCGGGGAUGGUGGUGGUGCUGGCAGCGCUGGUGCUCGUCGCCGCGGUGAACGCCCACGAUCUCUUCGCACAUAUGGCCGCCGUCGACUACCGCCUCGCCCUCAUCCGCUACGACCUCCAGCUCGGCCUCGUCGAGCUCGCCGUCCCCGCCCUGCAGCUCCUGGGGACCAUCCUCUUCAUCAUAGGAGCCCUCCUAUUAAUCUCACAGGGUGAAGAAGGUUACAGUUAUAGCCGCGAAAAGCACGCCGUAAACCUACUGAUCGCGGGGCCGGUAUUGUGGCUGCUAGGGUCAAUCCACAAUACCUGCCAGGUCUACGAGCGAGCCGACGGCCACACCCAGAUACUGCAGGCGGGCGUGCACGUCCCCUUUCUCCUCGGGAGCUUGCUCUUCCUCGUCGGCGGUUUCUUCAACCGCCACUAUGUUUUCGACUCCACUCAUCGCGAUCUCAAGAUAAUGGCUAAGAGCUGGGUUUGGUUCUGCGUAUUCGGGAGUCUGCUGUUCCUAAUCGGAGGACUAGUCAAUCUGCUCAAAGUGUACAAGAUGCAGCAAACCGACGGGCUUCGGCUCGAGAAGCUCCGCGGAGGGGCGCAGGAAAGGCUCAGCCGCCACCGCGAAGGCCGCGUUCCACUCAACUGGGAGGAAACGGCGGGCGCGGGGAGGGCUGCGGUGGCCGGAGAACCGAGACUCUUUGAACUAGUGAUGGCGUCUCUCACGGGUCAGCCCCAGUUCCGCUACACACAACCUCCAUCAAAAGUAAUCCAUCUGAGGAAUUUACCAUGGGAGUGUACAGAGGAGGAACUGAUGGAGUUUGGAAAGCCAUUUGGUAAGGUUGUUAAUACAAAGUGCAAUGUGGGAGCAAACAGAAACCAGGCUUUUAUUGAGUUUGCAGAGUUAAAUCAAGCAAUUGCUAUGAUCUCGUAUUUUGCCUCAUCAGCAGAACCGGCACAAGUGCGAGGGAAAACUGUAUACCUUCAAUAUUCCAACAGGCAAGAGAUUGUAAAUAGCAAGAGUACAGCUGAUGCCCCAGGCAAUGUAUUGCUAGUAACUUUGGAGGGUGUGGAGGCCGGCGAUGUCAGUAUUGAUGUUUUGCACCUGGUUUUUUCAGCUUUUGGUUUUGUUCAUAAAAUUGCUACCUUUGAGAAGACAGCUGGAUUCCAGGCACUUAUUCAGUUUUCUGAUUCUGAAACUGCAUCAUCUGCGAAAGAUGCGCUGGAUGGAAGGAGUAUUCCUAGAUACUUGCUUCAAGAACAUGUUGGGCCUUGUACCUUGAAGAUACACUAUUCUGGUCAUACAGAUUUGAGCGUCAAAUUUCAGAGCCACAGGAGUAGGGAUUACACUAACCCGUACCUUCCAGUUGCUCCAUCGGCCAUGGAUGGAAGUGGACAGAUUAUUUUUGGUCAGGAUGGUCAGAAGCAAGAAGCUGAGAGCAAUGUUCUUCUGGCAACAAUUGAAAACAUGCAGUAUGCUGUAACCAUAGACGUUCUUCACAUGGUAUUUUCUGCAUUUGGUACUGUUCAAAAAAUUGCUAUUUUCGAGAAGAACUCUGGAUUUCAGGCCCUAAUCCAGUACCCAGACAUUCAAACUGCUGUUGUUGCCAAGGAAGCCCUCGAAGGACACUGCAUCUAUGAUGGAGGAUUUUGCAAGCUUCAUAUUGCAUAUUCACGCCAUACUGAUCUUAACGUGAAGAUUAACAACGAUCGAGGCAGAGACUAUACUGGAGGAAAUGUUGCAACGCUAAGCACCCAACCUUCAAUCCUCGGUCCUCAGCCGAUUCUGACACCUCAAGCGCCUCCGCCUGCCCAAGUAUACAACAGCAUCUCUUAUCCACCUGCCGCCGGUGGAGUAAUGCCACCUCCCCCUGCAGCGAAUUUCGGUGCACCGGGAAGUUCGCCUCAUCCAAUCCCGAUGCCUCAAGACCCCUCCCCACUGUACAGCGGCAUGCGUUAUCCACCGGCGGCCACUGGGGUAAUGCCGCCUGGUGCUGCACCUAAUUUUGGGGUACCCGGGAACUUAACGGCGCCUUCAAAUGCCGAGCAGAACCAACUGUACACCCAGCACGGCAUCGUGCCUCCGCCGGGUAUGGCGGCUCCGCAGAUGAUGCAGUUUCCCGGCAAUGGCGGGCAAGACAUUCCUCCCGGCGUGAGUUCGCAGAUGAUGCAGUACCACGGCCACGGAAGCCAACAGAUCCCCUUUCAACCCUCGCAUCCUUUCGGUCGCUGAGUCUUGGCCUCGUCGGUGCUGUAACUGCUAUAAACUCUUUUCUUUCGUCCUGCGGUUUCUAUUUAGUCGGAAAUUCGCGAGUUGUCGUACUUGUACUGCUGUUGUUUCUUGAAUGACUUUUUUGUGUAUUAGUUGGCAUUCCUGUUGCUUAAUAUUGAGCCAAUAAUCAACAUUCAAGUUUACUGUGAGAA